AUGGAUGGAAAAGAAGUUUUUAACAAUAAAUAUUGGGCUCUAAAUAGGACUAUGAUGACUUUGAUUGGUCUGUGGCCUUAUCAAAACAGAUAUGCUAAAAUUUUUAUCAGGACAUUUGUACUUUUGGCAACUCACUCGAUACUGGUGUUUCUGGUGAAUAAAACGAUCAUCGAAUGGGGGAAAAAUUUUGCAAUCGUAUGUGAAAAUAUCGCUGCAUUCUUUUAUUUCAAAGUUGUUAUAACCAAGUAUAUAACGAAUUGUGUGGCAGAACAAAAAUUACAAUAUCUUUAUGAGCGGAUCACGGAAGAUUGGAACACUUUUAACAAAGAGGAUGAGCAAAGAGUUCUUGCUCGCAGCGCAAGUUACGGGCGUGUUCUGACUAUUGGAUAUGCGGUUUUUUUGAAUAUCUGCGGCGUAGGCUUUACGCUAAUUCCAACGAUAUACCCAGCUUUAUUAGACAUCGUGUUACCAUUGAAUCAUUCUCGAGAGAAAUCGCUAUGUUUGCAAGUCGACUACUUUGUAGAUCAUAAUGUACACUACUAUAAAAUUCUUUUUCAUACUGUUGGCAUCACCUUUUUUACUGUAGAAAUACUCUCGGCAAUUGAUUCGACUUACGUUAAUUGCGUGCAGCACAUUGUGGGUCUAUUUGGACUUGUUGAUCUCAAAUUGGACAAAGCGUUCAAACUUACACAAAUCAAGAGUAGAUCGAUAAAUGAGCAAAAGAAAAUACACAAUUACGAAAAUACUGUUGCUAGGUUUGUCGAUCUCUUGCAAUCAACUUACACAAAAUUUUUUUUUAUGUGUAUGGCAGCGGUUCUAUGUGAACUGAGUUUCGGAACUGUCGCCCUCAUGAUCAGUACAGUUGAUUACGUAUAUUUCAUGAGGUUGUUGCUUGCAUGGUUGGGCAUAAUCCUGUAUCUUUUCUAUAUUAGUAUACCAGGACAAAGAGUCACUGACGCAAGUUUAUCAAUUUCUGAAUCUAUUUUCUAUUCUGGGUGGCAUGAAUUCCCUCUAGAGACACAAAAAUAUAUCAACUUCAUGAUUUUACGAUGUUCAGUGCCUUGUCAAUUUACGGCUGGCCCUCUUUUCGUUAUGAAUAUAGAAAAUUGUGGCAUUAUUUUGAAAACUGCUAUGUCAUAUUGCACUGUUGUCGCCGCUACAAAUAAAGAUUAA